GAUAGUUGCCAGUCGUACCAACGCCGAAAGUGACAGCCAAAAAAGAGAACCAGCUGUGGAGAUUUGCAAAAAUUUCGGCAAUUUUGAAUUUGUACAGGAGCGCCUAGUUAAAUACACACAAAAUGUUGAUCAAAGUGAAGACCCUGACCGGCAAGGAAAUCGAGAUCGACAUUGAGCCCACGGACAAGGUAGAUCGCAUCAAGGAGCGCGUGGAGGAAAAGGAAGGCAUUCCGCCCCAGCAACAGCGUCUUAUUUUCUCCGGCAAGCAAAUGAAUGACGAUAAAACCGCGGCGGACUACAAAGUGCAAGGUGGAUCCGUUCUUCACUUGGUAUUGGCUCUGCGAGGAGGUGAUUCAAUCCUAACACCUUGUGUGUAACUAGCGUGUUCAUAAGUGGAAAACAUUCAUUUAAAAUUCACUCAAAUAUAUUAAGCUUGAGAAGCGUCAUAUGGAGAAUUAAUAUAUGUAAACUAAAAAGAAGUCUUAAAAGUGGUUUAGAAGAAAACAAAGUGUAUUCGCAUCGGAGGAAUUUAGACAGAAUGGAUUGGGGCCAACCGGGUCCGUAAUAAAACAUGUUUUUUUGUAAGCCAACAUCUAAAUCAUUCGAAAAAAA